GUUUAGGUGUGUGUUGUACUACGCUAUUGCAACACGUCCAUUAUGGUUUCGGUUUUCAUAUAAAUACCCGACCACGGUGGUGAACAUUUAUCAGUUCAUAUCGAUCGUUUUGCUCGUUCUGAACAGCGCUUUUCCUGAUAUCAACAAUCACUCGCUGAACGCUUAUGAUGGUGAACAUUGUAUUACAAGUCGCCGUGCUGGUGUUUACCACCCUUGUAGCUAUAACUUUUGCGGAACACGACGCCACAUCUUACGCUUUUUACCAUCCGAAAUUCGAACACACUCAUCACGAUGGACACGAUCAUUACGCACCGCCACACUACACGUACAAGUACGGCGUGAAAGACCCGCACACCGGCGACCACAAGCACCAGUCCGAGCACCGGGACGGCGACGUGGUGCACGGCGAGUACAGCCUGGUCGAGCCCGACGGUCGGGUCAGGAAGGUGACGUACACGGCGGACAAGCACAACGGCUUCAACGCGCACGUGCACCACGUGCACCACGCUCACCACCCGCAACAUUACGGGCACCACGGAGACGAAUGAAGAAACUGUAAUGCCGACGGCAACAGCAGCACAUUCGCGGUUACGUCAUGUCGUACCGCGGUAGCACCGCAAAACUGGUGCCAGUUCCGUCUCGUAAUAUGUUUCUCCCGUUUUUGUUUGCUACUUUUAUGCACCCUGUUUGUAUGCUGUCUUGUUAAAUUCCAAUUGAAAAAUCAAUAAAACAAAAUCCAUGCCUUUGUCUUCGAA